AGAAAAACCCGGAACUUCUGAGAGUGCAAGAAAGAGCGCCUGCAUUCAAUUUGAAAAGAACGAACGACGUCAGGUAGUAAUACUGAUCUGGAAUCAGCACCCUCAACUGGUCGGUCAUGAGUUUUGCUCCGAGUCCGUUCACCCCCAUGGGCAUUCACAGCAUUCAAGAGCAGCGGGACCGCUGGGAGAGGAAGAGGAGCCGCACAGCCCGUGAGCUAGUCCAGAGUGAAAAAAGCUACUGCCACCAGCUGGAUCUAAUCGUCACGUACUUUGUGGAGAUCUUGAAGGCCAAAGGAACCCUCAGGCAGGACAUUAGAGAAAGCAUCUUCAGUUCAAUUAAAUCCAUUCAUUUAAUAAACCAGACCCUACUCACUCAUCUAGAGCUGGGGAGGUUUGGUGUCGGGUUUGAGGAGUUCUGCGCUCAUCUGCAGCUGUAUAACACUUACGUUGACAACAUUCAGACGGCUAAAAAAGUCCUCUUGGUUCAGGUGAAGAAAAGCAAAGCCUUCAGACGGUUUAAAAAGCUCCAGGAGUCGAGGCCUGAGUUCAGUCAGCAGAAACUUGAGGACUUGCUAACGCUUCCACUUCAGCGUAUCCAGCAGUACAAGCAUUUCUUGAGGGACUUGACAGAGAACACCGGUCCAGACAACCCAGAGUUUCAGCAGCUUUCAAAGGCAGUGAAAGCCGUCUCAGAGGUGGCCCAGCGGAUCCAGGACAACGCUCGCAGCCAUGAGAACCACCUUCAGCUGCGCAGAGUACAGAAACAGCUGAAGGGCCGAAAGACCAGAAUCCUGACUCCAGGGAGGUGGUAUAUUCGGGAAGGCUGGCUGAAGACAGUGCCCCCUAAAGGCACGGAGGCAAAACCUAAGAUGUUUUACCUGUUCUCUGACAUCCUGCUCCAGGCCAAACCGUGCAGUCCCAUACAUCCUACCAAUGGGGAUAAGUUUGCCUGCCAGCGAAUCUACCCAUUAAAAGAGUGCACAGUGGACAAAGUCUUCGGCCACACCAAAAGCCAGGGAGGCCUUAUUAGUUUGACCUUCGCCAGGGCCAAACUACUUCUAAUGUCAGAUGAUCAGGUGGACAUUAAUGAUUGGUACCGUAGCCUCUGCUUGGCAAUCGGGUGAGUAUAUUGGUCAACAC